UUUUCUUCAAAGUUUGUAUUCUAUCCCAUUAAUCAUCCUACAAAAGUCCUUCAAUCUCUAUCUAUCUUCAUGGCUUCUCUUCUUUAUCUUCUACUCAUUCUAAUGAUCCCUUCAAGCAACAAUGCUCAAACUCCACCUUCACCUGGCUACUACCCUAGUUCCAGAAUUAGCACUAUAGGAUUUGAUCAAGGUUAUAGAAACCUUUGGGGUCCUCAGCAUCAAAGACUAGACCAAGGCACAUUAACAAUAUGGCUUGAUACUUACUCAGGAAGUGGGUAUAAAUCACUUGAGCCAUAUCAGUCAGGAUAUUUUGGUGCUGCCAUCAAGCUUCAACCUGGUUACACUGCAGGAGUCAUUACAUCAUUCUAUCUUUCAAACAAUGAAGAACAUCCUGGAAACCAUGAUGAAAUUGAUAUUGAGUUCCUAGGAACAACUCCAGAUAAGCCUUAUACUUUGCAGACCAAUGUCUAUAUCAGAGGAAGUGGGGAUGGAAGACUUAUUGGAAGAGAAAUGAAAAUCCAUCUUUGGUUUGAUCCUACACAAGAUUUUCAUAAGUAUGGCAUUCUGUGGACCCCCAGUGAGAUCCUAUUUUUUGUCGAUGAUAUUCCUAUUAGAAGGUAUCCAAGAAAAAGUGAUGCCACAUUUCCACUGAGGCCAAUGUGGGUUUAUGGCUCAAUAUGGGAUGCAUCAUCGUGGGCCACUGAGGAUGGAAAAUACAAAGCAGAUUAUAGUUACCAACCAUUCAUUGGUAGGUAUCAAAAUUUCAAAAUUGGUGGGUGCACUGCAAAUGCUCCUGCUACCUGCCGGCCACCCUCAGCCUCUCCAUCUGUCUCCGGUGGCCUCAGCCAGCAGCAGUACUCGGCCAUGGAAUGGGUUCAGAAGAAUUACUUGGCUUAUGACUAUUGUGCGGAUCCAAAGAGAGAUCACACCGAAACACCUGAGUGUUAGCGCAUCAUAUUCAUAUAUAUGAUUCUUGGCUUAUGCACACAGUCAAUAUUGUUGUUAUAUUUGUAGUAAGUUAAGCUGUGUUUCAGAUUUUCAGUUGUAAACCGUUUGCAACUUGGAGUGUUCUUGAGAUGGUCCCACUUGCCAAGAAUUAAUGGGUGCAAGAGUAGUUGAUCAUCCAUGCCUCCAAGAUUUGAUUUCAAGGCCUUUCUAUUUGUUUUUCUUGUGCUAUGGUUUUGUAAGCAUUAUUGGUGGAAUAAAUAAUUUAUUGUCUGUUGCUUUUUAUAAUAAA